ACGAUUUCCGAUUUUGACAUUUCGUAUUAUGUGUCCCCAAAGGUAAAUAAAUAGAAGGUGAGGUAAUUUAAUGGAUUAUAAUGAAGAAAAGGAAACUAUCCAAAACGAAAAUGACACUGGAAGCUUAUGGCCCUAUUUACCACAUCCUGCACUGUACCACAUCUGUCAGUACUUAAACUACAAAGAAUUACUUAAAGUUGGUGAAGUAUGUCGGUCAUGGCUAGCUGUCAGCAGAGAUGAUUUACUUUGGAAAAAUCUAUUUUACAGUAAUUUUAAAGUAGAUCGUUCUGUUCCUAUUAUCGCUGGUAAAACAUGGUUCGACGAAUUUAAACGAGUAUGUUAUCAUAUUCCUAUAGUACAAACGGAGACAUUGACUGAUCACAUUCAUCAAGUUUUACACGUGAGCUUUUCACACAAUGGCAAGUACUUUGCAACCUGCUCAAAGGAUGGAUAUGUUUUGGUGUGGGAUGCCGCAUUUCCUGCUACAAUUAAAUAUCAUCGUGACAUGAGAACGUUCUGUUGGAAAUAUACUCAGUACUCGCAAUUUAAUCAGUCUGAUACUUUAUUGUUAGUUUCCGGUGUACACUUUGGAACACCUAAUAGUACUUCGGGUGAAAUAGCAGUUUUUAGCUUGCAAGAUGGAUUUGAACUGCAGUGCCGUGUGGUUAAUAAGCCAUACGACAUAUUCGGCACUUGGUACAGUGAUCAGCACCUCCUUUCCGGAGACUUGCAUUGGUUGGCACAUUUAGUUAGUUCAUCAGUUCUGUGGUUAAACAAAGCAUCUCAAGAGACCGGGUCUGAACACGUACCUAUAACUCAAAACUUGUAUAAAUUUUAUAAUCGCAAUGCUAGUUCGAUUAGAGCCAUAAUGGUAGCUAACUGUCUUCCAAAUUCAGAAAAUGUUAGUGAUAAUGUAGAAGCGUGUAAAGAUGAUGACCAGCCCAAAGACCAUGAGUUUGUGAUCGAGCAUGGAAAUCCGGUUAGUUAUCACGAUAUUAAUGGCAGCAGCAGUAGCAGAAAUCAAGUGUUCACAAAUCCACGUUGGUGUACUCGGAAUAAAAAUGUGGAUAGCUUUGAAUAUGCCACGUCAAUUUUGUAUAACACAGAUUAUAGAAAGGUAGAAUUAGAGGCGUAUGAUAUCUCACAAGGAUGCGGAAGUCACGGCUGUAGUGACGAUGAAAAUGAUAGUAAUGAUGACACUGCAUCUGAUCUGUCAUUUGAUACAAGCGAUGAGUGUGAUGAAGUGCAAGAGGAUAAGUACUUAAUUUUUACGACUGGAUUUAAAACAUAUACUCCUCAUCAAAUAGGUUUUAAGAGGAUAAAGCCAUUCAUGUUUCCAAAACGUAUGGAUCCCGGUCCUACACUUAAAGAGAGAAUCAUUUUACAAGAACGUAAAAAGGAGCAACAAAGAUCAAGUUCCCCGCCGCCCGAACCGAAUUGGUUAGAUUUCGACGCCGUGUCGGACAAAUUCGAUAAAAUCGAUCACCUUAUUGACGUGCACGGCCAUAUUAUCGGAAUGGGUUUAAGUCCAGAUCAUCGGUACCUGUACGUUAAUAGUAGACCAUGGCCUCAAGGUUACACAAUUACAAACCCUUUAGAUCCGCCACCUAUAGCUCAAGAAAUCGAUAUACAUGUGAUUGACUUAGUUACAUUAAAACAAGUUGGCACUAUGCUGCGCUCACACAAAGCGUAUACUCCUAAUAAUGAGUGCUUUUUUAUUUUUUUGGAUGUGUGCAAUGAAUAUGUGGCAAGUGGCGCAGAAGAUAAGCACGGGUACUUAUGGGACAGACACUACGGCAUAUGCCUGGCAAAAUUUCCUCACACCGACGUCGUGAAUUCGGUCGCGUUCAAUCCAAAAGAUCCAGAAAUGUUGGUGACAACUUCUGAUGACCAUACCAUAAAAAUAUGGAGAUCUAGAGCGAAGGCGAAACAGUUAGGGUUGAAUGUAGCGCAAUUCCAAGAAGGCGUCGAAAAACGAAGGUACAGAAUGCAAAGAAGUUUCCGAAAUUAAUAAAAUAGAACAGGAUGCUGUCAAUUUCAAGAAGUGCAACGAUUAUAUAAUCACUUUUAAAGCAAUAGAACUUUACCGUCCACUUUACUAGAGGUGUUUGUGUAGGGAUGCUGUGUAUAUUGUAAACAAUAGAUACAUAGGACUAUUUAUUAACAAAAAGUUUAUAUUUAUAUUGUGUGGGUAUAAUAUUGCGAAUAAAUAUUAUUUAUUAUUGUUACCUAA